CAGCAGCAGCAGCAGCGGCGAGGAGCUUUCUUUUUCUCAGAGAAGUUGAGCCAACGGCGCCGGGAUUCAUGUGGCACCUCCGCGCUCCUCUUUCCCGCGGCGCAGAGUGGACUUUCACCUUUCCCUGACUGCCAUGCCAAGACGUUUUGCUUUGGGGAAAGGUGCUGGCAGACAUUAUUAUUACCUUUAUCAUUAUUAUUAGAAUUUCAACAGUUUUACGCGAGCAGUCAUAAAAAAGAAGCACCUGCGGAUCUGGUGUGAGGAGGAGGGAGAGCGCGCAGAGAACCUGAAACACUGAGGAGCUUUACAGAAAGUGGAACAAUGCUCAGACUUGAGACCAUCCUUUGCACUUUUUCUGUGCUGUCAGUUGCAGCGAGGGCAGAUUUUAAAGCGCGGAACUGCAGCGAGGUGAGGGAGGCUUGCGUAAGGAAAGGCUUCAGCUUCUCCCAUGUUCCUCAGCAGGAGAUCCCAGGAGAUCAUCUGCGUGUAUGUCCUCAGGGAAACACAUGUUGCACCCAAGAAAUGGAAGACAAAUUUGGCCAACAAAGUAAACAGGACUUUGAGAAUCUGCUCAAUGAAACAAGUCAUGGAUUGAGAAUUACCUUUGUCUCCAGACAUCAGAGAUUUGAUGAAUUCUUCCUGGAGCUUCUGGAGAACACAGAGAGGUCCCUGAAUGAGAUGUUUGUGAGGACUUACGGCAAGCCUUACAUGCAGAACGCCGAGGUCUUUGAGAACCUCUUUGCCGAGCUGAAGCGCUAUUACACAGGAGGGAACGUUAACCUGGAGGAAAUGCUUAAYGACUUUUGGUCUCGGCUGCUGGAGCGCAUGUUCACGCUGCUCAACUCGCAGUAUGUCAUCACAGAGGACUAUCUGGAGUGUAUCAGUAAGUACACCGACCAGCUCAAGCCCUUUGGAGACGUGCCCAGGAAGCUCAAGGCUCAGGUUACCCGAGCAUUCAUCGCAGCACGCACAUUCGUCCAAGGACUCUCCGUUGGCCGGGAAGUGGCCCAGAGAGUGUCUAAGGUGAGCAGUACUCCAGCGUGUUUAAAAGCGCUAACAAAGAUGCUCUACUGCCCCUUCUGUCAGGGCACGUCAGGAGUAAAACCCUGCAAAAACUACUGCUUCAAUGUGAUGAAGGGCUGCCUGGCCAAUCAAGCUGAUCUGGAUCCAGAGUGGAACCAGUACAUUGAUGCCAUGCUGCUGGUGGCACAGAGGCUUGAAGGGCCUUUCAACAUUGAGUCUGUCAUGGACCCCAUUGAUGUCAAGAUAUCAGAGGCCAUCAUGAAUAUGCAAGAUAACAGCGCCCAAGUCUCCUACAGGGUUUUUCAAGGCUGCGGCCAGCCCAAACCUGCAGGAAUCACGAGGUCCACUCGUGGUGUUUCGGAUGUGUUCAGCACCCGCUUCAGGCCCUACAAUCCAGAGGAGCCACCCACCACUGCAGCUGGCACAAGCUUAGACCGGCUGAGGAUUGUGUGGAGAACGAUGCAGCACAGUGUUGUUGACAUAAAAGAAAAACUUAAGCUGUCCAAGAAAUUUUGGUCCAACCUGCCUGAGGCGAUGUGUCUGGAGGACGGAGUGACGGCUGGAAAUGCCAGCGAGGAGGAGUGCUGGAACGGACACACCAAGGGCAGGUACUUCCCUGAAGUCCAGAAAGAUGGCCUUACCAACCAGGUGAAUAACCCUGAGGUGGCUGUCGACAUCACACGUCCGGACACCGUCAUCCGUCAGCAAAUCAUGGCUCUGCGGGUGAUGACCAACAAGUUGAAAAAUGCCUACAAUGGCAAUGACAUCAACUUUCAAGACAUCAGCGAUGAAGGUAGUGGCUCAGGCAGUGGAAGCGGCUGCACAGAGGCCUGCACCACAGAAACGUACCGUGCCGCCACAGAGAUCCUGGUGGUGAAGGCCGACCGGAGCGGGCCCGUGGAGGACUCUGCCCCGCUCCGUGCUCCCUCUGUAGCUCUGCCGACCACGUUGGCCCUCUUAGCGCUAACUCUGCACUGGCAAUGGAGAUAAUACUGGAGCAACRAGCUAAACACGAACAGCAGUUUCCUCUCCUAUUAUUUUUGUAUUCAAGCAGAUUGGAGCUCCAGUCACGCUGGCGGCGUUCGGGCCGUCAGCUUUGAUGCUACGGGAGUCUGCUCUGAGAGUAGUAGAUGCGUAGUCAUCCAUCAUGAUUUUCCUACUUUUCCAAAGAUCAUGCAGUGCCAACCCCUGAGUUGAUAUUUCAUGGCAUCAUUUCACAUCUGAUGCUGAUCUAACAAACUCUGCUUCAGAGAUUUAAAAGAAAUCUACACAUUUCUUGCACACAUGGCAGUUUUCAUGUGGAAAAAUAUAACACGCACUUUGUUUUAUUUUUAUUUUUUAUGGAAAAUAUUUUGUCUGAAAAUCUGGUAAAGAUGUGGUCAUUGAUGCACCAUGCAGAGCUACAAGGAGCUUUGUAAAGGUUUCAAUUUAUAUAUUCAAAAAGGGUUAAUCAUGUAAAUGCCACAGAAUUAGAGAAAAUGUGGGUUUUUGACUAAAAAUGGAUCUUCAUUUUUCCCAAUUGUCUUUUUUUUUUUAGAUCAAAUGCAUCCACAGAGCUGUGUUUGUCAUUAUUCUCAGUCAUGUUUUGCUUGGUUGUAACUGCACUAUUUUCAGUUUAUUUUUUUAAAGCAAGGCUCCGCAGAGCUGUUUAGAUAUUCACAGCAUCUGCUCAGGAGUGGCCUUGGGCUAAAUCUCACUACAAGAGUUAACAUUUUAUAUCCUCAUUUGCCUUGCAACAAAUUCAAUAUCUGCAACAAUAUCACACAUGCCGAUUUUUGUAGCUUAGCUUCUGCAGUAGGCAGUUCUGGACAGAAUUAUUUAAAGAGAUGAAUCAGAUCUUUGAAAGUAGGGUUCUGUGGAAAGGUUGUGAACAAUGAAUAUCUUACCAGUUGUAGAUAGUUCUUUGAACGACCUCAAUUUGUAGAAACAGCAACAAGCGAAUAGUGUCAUGCAAAGGUUUAAUAUGACCUAACAUAGCUUUUUUGGGGCAAAUUUAUGACGGCCUGAAAAUUUAAAUGAAAGAGGCCAGUGUUUGGCUAGCUGUUAGCAUAGCCUGGAGGAAGACCUCUAUCAUUGAUUUCACACUUCGUGCUAGAUGGCUGACUAUUAUAACUGAAAGAACAUAAUUAAAAAAAAUGAGCAAACUAUCCCUUUAAAACAACUCAUAGCAGUUCACCAAAUACUGUUUUUAUAAAGCCGCACACUGCUGUCAGUUUCUGUACAAUGGUCAUUCAAGCAGAAACGUUACAAUGUUCCUAUUAAGGUACCCCAGGCUGCACUAAAAGUGCUACAGCUAGCUGCUGGUGAUGCUAUGUUGUUUUGCAGAUAACCACAAUUUUUUUUCCAAAUAAACAUGUAAAAUGAAAUUGGCAUUCGUAUAAACACAUCAAAAAUACUGUUAUCUUGAACAAUGUAAAAAGAUUAACCAUGCUUAAAGAUGGCAGCUGUCUAUUUUGCGCUUUGCUCCUUUCACAUGCUAACCCCGGAUGUCAAAAUUAAACAAAAUAUUUCUUCAAACUUAGAUUGUUCAGAGAGCUAUUUUCAGCAGCAGGUUAUUCACUUUUAYCUACUUUUUAACAGAGCUUUGCUUCAAAAUGCCUGAACUAUCACUUUAGGAAGCAGUUUUCCAUUUUUUUUUUCAAAAAAGGUGCAGCCAUGUUUUUAUCACUGUAUCAAAAAUAAUUUUAGUGACAGCAUUGGCUACAUGCACCCCCUGUAAAAUUUAUCAGAGGGCUUAACUAACAAAGCAGUAUUUAUGACACGAUUUUAAAGAUAUUUAUCUGAAACGUUACUCAGAAACAUCAGUAUUUAACACCACUGGUGCAAAACCACUAAAUGAACAAAUUAAAUAUAUUCCACUGACAUGUUCCGCCUGAAUCAUACAGAAAGCAGAUGUAAUGAAGAUGUUAUCCUGAAUGUUAUUGGUGAAUGAACAUGUACCUUGCACUAGAAGAGCAUAUCUAUACAAUACAGUUUUUAUACUGCUGUAAACUCUAUUAAUUUAAAUUAAUUGGGGCCUGCAAUGUUUUUGUGCUGCAUCCUCAGAAUGCUGAACCAUUUAAAAAAACAAAACAUUUUUAUGUUUUUUAUCAAUACAGGAACUGCAUAUAGAAACAUAGAAAUGUGUUCCUUGUUCAUUCGUUGACUGUUGUCAUAGUUUGGGGGGUAAACAGCUAUUUAAACUAACGCUGAUAUUUUGAAAAGUUGGAAUACUGAUUUAAAAAAGAUGUUUAUUUACAUAGUUUUAAGAGGUGUGGGGUAUAUUUAAGAGAGGCAGCAGGAAAGAGCACAUAUUUUGGUUGGUGGAAAUGCUAAGAAAUGAGUCUAAAUUUAUCUGGGAAGCUUGAAUGGUUAUGUCUGCAGCACAGACAGGCUUGAAGCCGACCACAGUCACCUGUGAAAUGAGAAUCUGUGGGGACUGGACAGGGCUGAAUGCUCCGGUGAAGCUCCUCAGUAGAGCAUACUUACAGAGAAUGUGAGAGGCCUGGCACUGCUGAGGGGUGCGGACAAAAACCCUGCCUGUGUGUACGUUCAGUGUUCUCUGAGAGCCCAACAGGUUCAUAACCAGCAGGCCAGCUAAGCUUUCAUUUCCACAGAAUUAGCCUGAAUUAUGCCAUUCUCAGUGUGCCGGUGAUUCUUCAUCGAGCUUUUUCUUCAUUGUCUGAAUUUACAUUCAAACAGGAAAAACAGUGAGAAAACACGUGUUUCACCCAAAGCGAUUCGUUUUAUUAAGACUAUUGAUCUCACAGGAUGCCCUUUUUAUGUUUUGUAUCAUUAAACUUUUAAUAUUUUUGCAAUAAAAUGUUUAAAAAAACAAUGCAGUACUGAAUAGCAUCAAUUCUAAAACAGGUUAUGUUUUGGAGUUUGAAAGUGAUUUCAACCUGAAGAGGGGAGGAAAUAUGCCUUACAGUUUUUUCAGUGCAAUUAAGCCGUUUGCAUUCUUGUUUUGUUCUGUUCUUGAAAAGAAAUUGUUAAUAAAACCUUUUUCAAUAGAUUCCUGCUCAUGCAAAGUUUGUAAAAGGCAAAAAUAUAGAAGGAUUAAAAUCAGGGCUAUAUUUUACAAAAGAACAAAAAUAGAGAAUGCUGUACAUAAAU